AUGCUAACCAGCACGCUAAUGUUCCGCCGUGGCAGUCCUCCGCCCUGCUUGUCAUCCAUCUUCAAGACAGUCGACUGCGCCCACCAAAGGUCCAGCGUCGCAUGGACAACCCUCUACGGCCGCGAUGGUGCAGAACGAGGGCAGGGACGUAGGAGAUGGUGUUGGCCGUCUUUUGUCGGAAUCUACGGAUUAAACCCGCAGUGGGACUCUCUGGCUACUGGUGUCCCGUGUCCCGUGUCUACCCUCGUCUCCCAUUGUCGUGGUGUUGUCAUUGGAGUAGCGCGUCGGGUUUCUCCGUCACCGCCGUCCCUUGGCCAUCCUCCCCCCCUUCCUCCCUUCUAUCCCACUCAUACCGUAUACGUUCCGUUGGUGGAUUCCCAGAUCCCCUCGACAUCACUCGUCCCGUUACCUCCACCCUGCACCCACAUCCACAUCCUCGCUCCCGCAGCACCAGUGCGAGCGUCAAAGCUGAUGGUCCACCACGGCGCACUUCGUCGGGCAUGCAGCCCGGAAUCGCUGGAAUUUGGGAUGGGUGGAGGUGCGAGGAGGAACGCGAGGACUGAGGGAGGCAGUGGUUGGGCCCGAGAGAAGGGCCAGGCAACGACGAGCAAGCCGAUCGAUCUAUACGUCCCGCGGCCGCCUCCCCUGUCUUCCAACCUAUUCCCCCACCCAAUCACAACUCACGCCUACCCUUCACCCCAAAUCAUUACCACGCAACGAAAAUGCUACAGACUGAAGGGGAAGCCUGAGAAAACGAGGAAAACGACCAGAGCAGCGACUUUACGCGAGGGCUCGCGCUGCCUUGGUUUUCCCACCCAGCCGCCUUAUAUCACCGCAGACGGCCUCGACGGCCUUUGGGCAAACGUCGCGCGUAUAUUCAUCUGGGAACGUGUCAGUGAACGCGGCAGAGAAGAUUGGGAGGCGAACGAGAGGGAGAACGAGAACGAGAGACAGAAACCAAGAGGGAACCGACCGCCUGCCCCAGUCGACUCCUCAACAGACGAGGGGACGACUCGCGGGGAUUGGCAGUCACGAAAUGGGGAAUGA